UUCAUUCGCGGAGGACUACCUCUGUUCUUAAAGACGCAGGGAGCGACCCACGUCCACAGGAGUGAAAGAAGGAAAAGGAAAAAAAGGCGUUUUGACUUCAUUCCUGUCCAAAAGGGGAACAGUUCCGCUGCACGCUAAAAGCAGUGCGUAAAGAUCCACACGGUUCCACUGACAAGCUUAAAUAUAGUUCCAAACCGUUGUUUUUGUUGUUCAAGUGUGCAGCAGAAUACAAAUUACUGCAGGAUAUGGCCAAGCUUUUACGUGCUGCUGUUUUGGGUCCACCGGGAUCUGGAAAAGGCACGAUCUGCAAGAGGAUUGCACAAAGCUUUGGCCUGCAGUACCUGUCCAGUGGCCACUUUCUACGAGAGGGGAUAGCAGCCAACACAGAGGCUGGCGUGCUGGCAAAGACCUACAUAGACAGAGGCAUGCUGGUGCCUGACCAAGUGAUGACCAGAUUGAUGCUGCCCAAACUGGAGCAGCUGCAGAACCACAGUUGGCUACUGGACGGUUUCCCCCGUACACUGACGCAGGCGCAGGCCCUCAACAGCCUCUAUCAGAUGGACCUGGUCAUCAGCCUCAACAUUCCCUAUGAGACUCUGAAGGAGAGGCUGAGUGACCGCUGGGUCCACCCUUCCAGCGGCAGAGUUUACAACAUGGGAUUCAACCCCCCUCGAGUUCAGGGUAAAGAUGACAUCACUGGGGAGCCACUGAUUCAGCACGAUGACGAUAAACCAGAGGCUCUGAUGGCGCGACUCCGACAUUACAAGGAAUUGGCGAAGCCUGUUAUAGAUCUGUACAAAUCACAAGGAGUCCUGCAUUCAUUUUCUGGAACAGAGACUGACAAGAUUUGGCCUUACAUCAACUCUCUGCUCAGCACCAAGAUGCACACACAGCCGUCAGGUGCCCAUCCAAACCAAACGCCCUGAGAAGAGACCACAGAGAAAAAAGAGGAAGGGUUUUUUUUUUUACUUGCUCAAGUGAGAUUCCAAUAAAUGCACUAGGACACAAUCAACAUGUAUGAUUUUUAUGGAUGGUUGUGCGCAAAUAUUUCCAAUGCUUUCUACUUAAGAUUGCCAUGAUUUCCUAAUUAUCACUUUGAAAACAUAGGCGCCUCAGUUUUGAGAGAACUGUGUUUUCUUUUUCCUGUAGCUUGUGUGACUUUUCUUAUUUUCAAUCAUACCUGUGUAUAAAAGGCAGAGCAAAAAGGUAAAUUUUUAAUGGCAGCUCAAAUAUUUUCUAUAAACCAAAAAUUGAGAGGUGUGAUAUACACAAGUUACAACAAACCCUUAAACAAAAUGCUUUAUCAAGGCAGAUUUCCAAAUUGAAACAGUUUCAUUUCAUGAUGGUUUUUAGUAACCAGGUUAAUCACAAUUAGCAAACCAAGCCAAUAACUGCAUACUUUUAUUAAGACACUGUUGCAACAUUUUUUCUGGCAGUUUAAAAAGAACUUUGUGGCUGAUUUAUUGAGAUACAGAAGCUGAUACCAGAGAUAUCACUGCCUUUCAUUUGUUCGGCAGCCAUUUUGGAUUUUGAGGUGAUGACUUGGUGAUGCCCCUCUGACUUUCCAAGUAGGACUUCCAUCUUCAGUGAGGAUUCCAUAUGAUUGCUUCAAACUUUAAACUGGAAAAACUUAUUUUUUCCAUUUUUGUGCCCCAACAUGUGCCUGAUGGUAGUUUGUUAUGUAACAAAAUAACAAAUAUCCAACGUAAGUCAUUGGUUACAAAUGUGCUGCCAUGUUGUUCAGCAAGUUUUUGACCUAAAUGAGCUCUGUGAUUCUGUAUGCACUUGUUUCAGGGUAAAGCUCUUUAGGUUGUUGAUGGAUUAGUUUUUCUGGAGGUGUGAAAGCUAAUGCCUUGAAUGUUCUUACAUUUCUUUAAAUAUACUCUAGUGUUGCCUUACGAUUUCUCUCUAUAAAGUGUUACAUUUUCCUGUUGGUGAAUAUAUGAAAAAUGACUUUUUGUUAUGAUUCUGACACUGUUACAGUCUCUUUGUGGGUUCUUUUCUAUGUACUAUAUCAAUUGUCAUUGCUGAAUAUCAAUCUUUGCUGCCUUUGCUGUACAGUUACUUGCCAUAAAGAACAGAUUUGGUUCCAUCGGUUUAUAUUUGCCGUGUAUAGUAACUUGGUAAAGUAUUCACCAAUUUCAGCAGCUGACAAACAAAGAUAAGUUUAAAUUGUUUCGUCAGUUCUGUGACCUUAUGAUUCUGCUUUUUAACCAAAUGAUGAAGUUCCAGCUUGAAGCCUAUAAAUAGCAGCUUUAAAUCAGUGACAGGCUGUAGCAGACACAAAACCUGUUUUUUUUUUUUUUUGUUUUUUUUUUAAAUCUAUAUUUAGGAUCUAAGCACAGUGGAUUCUGGGUAUUUUACUGUAUGUUGUCUCUCUUGAUUUAGACUAAAGGAAAAUAAACUGUACAGUGAGAGCUGACAUGGAGCAGCUUACUUAAAGCAUAAACCUGGGGGUCUGAAAUGAAUGGUUGAGCAAUUAAAGUGGUGAAACUACAACACAACGCUAUAUAGCUUUUGUGUAAGGCCACAGAGACAUUUCUGCCUUGUUUUCUCAUAAGGUGGUUAAAACAAAGACAUUUCAAGAACAAUAAAACUUUUGUCGAAAGCAUGA